CUUUCACGUGUUCAAGAGACACACCUGUGGCGAUGUUACCCGACGUCGAAUUCGGUCGUAAAUGAAUAAUUGCGCCGAGGCGAGAUCAUGGACGUAUACUAUACACGGUUAACGGAAUGGCGGAGUUCGAUCUGAGCAUAACAAAGACCGUGGUUGGGGAAGUGUUCGCUGAUGUUACCAAGAGUUCAGAUCUGUCACGUUGUAGUUGAAUGGCCAGGUCUUGCUGAAUCAUAGUGUUUCAUGUGGGUGGUGUGUGUCACCUCCUCCCUAACAUCCCGUCCCAGGGUACAUUCUUUGUUCCACCCACGGGGACUAUCGGCUUAGAUUUCGUAAUCGGUGUGAGACGUUUGUCCCUACGGAUAACGAAGACACAGCCAGCCGUGACACGAUCUUUCACAACACAACUCUCACACAUCAACCAACAGGCCUGAGUUACAGUUCAAUGAUUUGUCAUUUCCGUUGGGCGCAAACUUUCAACAGUAUUGUUUAUUACUUGUGAGUUAUCCGUGCGUACCUCAAUACAACUGGCCAUUACUGCUCUGAUUGCCUACAGCGAUCAUCUGUUUGGUUACUUGUCACAGAGGGAGAAGGACGGAAACAGAAGUGGUUCCAGUCAUGUGCAGCAAAUGAUUCAAGAUGAGUGGGAAUUUUUUGAACGAAAUCGACGGUCUGUUUACUAUUCUUGAGAGUGACGAUAACACCACACAUUUCAACAGGACGGCCUGCGUCACCCACAUCGACCACUUCCGGUUCUAUCAGUACACGGUUAUCCCAGCUGUGCUGAUCAGCCUGGCAUUUUCUUUGUUGAAGACGAGAAGACGGAAAUUUGUUAACUUUCUCUAUGGCAGACCUGCACUUGUUCACCCCAUGGACGCACUUACCACAUCUGCCAGCAUAUCCUACGUAGCGGCAUUUGGAGCAACCAUCUUCCUCAUAUAUGAAGUUAUAUUCGAGCAAAAGUUUGCCUUCCGAUAUGAAGGACCUCUAGCCUUAAAAACACUGGUCGUGAUAGUAUCAAUGAUAUGGUACGGCUUCGUGUACUAUCCAAUCUUCGCUGCACUGGCCAUAAAGUCUAUCUUCAGUUACGCCAUUGGGGCGGUGUACGUAUGGGUGAUCACCGCCGUGCAGUUCUACAAGACCUUUGAGUGUAACAUUAGAUGGGAAGCCCGCAUGUUGGUAGUGGGCCGAAGUCUACCACACCUGUUCUGCCUCUUGUAUCUCAGCGUCAUCCUACCGAUCAGGGUUUGUUCGCACGCUCUCAAAACUAAGAAGUAUUUUGAGGCGGAAGAAACCGAUCUUGAUGUUCCCCAGACUCUGAAGUACAUUCAGGAAUCUUACCAGGGACUUCACGUCAUCAAACUCUUCAGGAAACCAGCACCUAAACCCCCCCUCCGGAAAAAAUGCAUGGACAAAAAUCAAAACCGGGGCUGCUUGCUGCCAUACACGAAUUACUCUACAAAAAUAGAACAGGGUUUUAGGUAUUCGACCCGUAUCCUGUCUGUUCUCAUGGUCGGAGUGUUCCUCCUCUACGUGGUCACAUUUGGAGCUGUUGGGUUCGUUCGUGACGUUGCUAGACAUCCUAAUCGGAUACGCAAACAAAUAUUUCGCCAAGCCUUUGGCCUAACGCCAACUGGAGAUCAUACCGAGCGGUUUGUUGAAGAGUCCUCAAGACUUGGAUACAAUAGUUGGCUACUAUAUGCUGACAGCGGUCAGGAGUGUGUGAUCAACGUCCACGGUGCUGGCGCUGGUGAUGGGGUUGGUGAUGAUACAUGCUCUCAUCAUACAGAACAAAUCUACUGGCCUUAUAUCGAGGUGAUCACAGCCACAUUCCGUCUCCGGAAGUACAGGAGGUAACGCCAGCCUUAUGCUGGAUGCAUGCGUUUCUAUCGGCUAUCAAGUAGGCUACAUCGCAUGGGAGUAGUGAUACCAAGGGAGAUAAGUCAC